GGCAGUUUUUUACGUUCAAAGAAAAAAAAAAAAAGUAAAAAUGACUGUGAACGCUGUGGUUUUUAUCUCGUUGAUGGUUGCCGUAAGGCGGGAGAGGGCCUACAGGAGGGAGGCCAAUCUCUGGUUUCGAUGGGAGGACCCCGAGACAGAGUCCUGGGAUGCCCAGGACAUUUUCGGCAUCCAGGAGCUCCAUGCCCUGGCGGAGGGGUGGCUGGAGCAGGAGGAGCGCCAGGCUUUCCUGAGAGGCGCCCAGUGGGAGGGAGGAAUUGGCCCCGACACCCCCAGAGCCCGCUGGAUUCGCGCCCUGAGGGACCAGGCGCGGGAGUUUUCGGCCCAGGAAGAGGAGUGGGGGUCCCUCUACGACCUCGAGGAUCUUUGGGACCUGAAGAUCCUCUUCGGGGACGCCCCUCACCGUCUGGACGAGCCCCACAACUGGGACCUGGAGGAAUGGGCCUAG